UUCUUGAUAUAGUUAUAAGUUUGGCCAACGAAGAUUGUCUCAUGCUCCAAAAGGCAAUGCAAUAUGCAAUAAAUAGCCUCAAGCCUGCUCAUGAAACUAAAAAUGCAAUGUCUUGUGCUGAAGAAUCAAUACAAAACCUUGUUCAAAUUAUAACUGGUACUAAUGACAAUAGUGACAAUAUGACAACAAAGAGAACUAAAAAAUAG